UGAUGAGUCACUGGAGUUUGUUGAACUCAUCCUUACAUUGGUGAAGGAUGAAUCUGCACUUCAUGUUCUGAUGAGAGUGUAUCGUGGAGAAUUUCUUCCACACUACCACAUGUACUUUGUAAAGGAUGAAACAAGAAGAUUAGAAUGCAGACACAUUAGUAAACUGAUUGACAUGUGGCCAUUAUCAUCUUACAUAAAAGAUGGGAAUCGGUUUGUACCAUUAAAGCAUAGUGUUUUGGCAGUGUAAAGGCUUGAUAUUAAUGGUUCAGAGAUCAACCUUUUUUUAGUUUUCUGUAUUUCAACAGAUAUGAUGGAUACACAAAAGGACAUCCGCGAUGCCAUUCGAGCAGCGCUUCCUGGUCUUUCACAGGAAGUUUUGGCUGCUUUAGAGGAUGUGUUGGAGAAACUCGGCACUACAACCACAGAUGAUUUCCAGUAUAUCACCGAAGGAGACUUAUUGCCUGUGCUGAAGCCCAUACAGGCCAGAAGACUGGUUGCUGCAUGGGCCCAAAAUAACUCAAUGGCUUCAACUUCAGGCGGGGCAUCCUCCUCUCCACAGUCCGUUCAGUCCUCUCAAUCUGCAGCCUCACUUUCACAACCAUCGUCUGCUGCUACUUCAUCGCCUUCCCUGAGCUGCUCCCCAGUUUUGCCAACCUGGGUUGACAGUUUUCAGAUACCGUGGCAGAAGCUUCCAGAAGAGCUGAUACAGACUUUGGAACGACAGAAAAGGCCAAGUGCACGACUUCGAAGACAAAUGGUGAGGAUUAUUGUCUCUGAAAUGAUGCUGAUUUGCAAGAAUCCAACCAAACGCAACACUACUGAAAUAGCAGAAAGGAUGGUGAGCAGGUAUCCAAAGUCACUUAAGGAUGUCAUUGAUGGUGACGUUAUUGGACUUGGUUAUCAUUCCUUGGUAAAACAACUCCAGGCAAGAAUUGAAAAUGUCAAACGACAAGACACACCAAAGAUAACUAAAUGCAAGGCAGAAUCAGAUAAUGACACUGAUGAGAUACCUGCUGAGCAGAAAGCCAGUGUUCAAGACACAUAUGGCUGUCAACUGGGCGCCAAAGUUUUUGCCCCUUUCUGAGACUGUAGAGAGUCAGCUUAAGAAAAAAGAAGACAUGAAAAAGAUGUUCAAAGACAAAAAAUAUGCUGCAGAAGAUGUGAAAGAACUUAUCAAGUCCACCUAUUACACGCAACGAAAGGACAUCAAUAAAGGUACAAGCAUCCUGAAGCUAUGCCAAGAAUGGCCUUUUUUGUUCCAUGAAACUGGCAUGGCAGAACACUUCCAGCAACUUACUGGCAUCGGUCUGAUGGAAGCCUUCUUCACCAAUCUGGACAAAAAGGGGGAGCGCAUCGUCAACUUCCUGAAAACUGUUUUUGCUCAGAAAGAAAAACAAGUUCUGGAGUCUCUCCUCAAGUUAGCAAGUGAAAAAGGUCAGUCCAGUGGUUGUACGGAGAUGAUUCUUCUUCUACUUGCUUUUUUUGGUGAGAAGGAAGAGCAUAUGUUCCACUAUGUUGAGAAGACGAGCCUUGCUGAAGAGGUUGAGAUGGAGGAUGUGCCAGCAACACCCUGCCUUAUUGUGUGUGGGUCCUCUUGCUUCACUGCAGACUGCUUCAUGUUGAGUAUUGAUCAGAAGAUUAUCAAUGACCACAUCACUGCCUUCUCCUGUGCCAUCUGCCUGAUGUUUGGCAGUUACUACUGUUUUAAUAUACACUACCCAGUGGGACUGCGGUCAACACUGGAGUUCCUCCAGAGGUGUUUCUUUUCAAUUAAUCCGGAGAGAGGAACAAAAGUUGAGCAUAGCAAGAGGAGGAAGAUCUUUGCGGUCAACCCAAGAGUCCUCACGCUCAUCGCUGACCUUGCAGACCAUGAGUGGACUUAGACCAUACUUUGUGAGUCAUGUGAUAUGAUGUGUAAUGUUGUUAUGUUGCGGUAUGUUGAAAACUGCAUUUUAUUGGUAUUUAAGGUUUACACUGUAAGAUUUCACAUUUUUCAUCUUCAUGUUAAAUCUUGCAAAUUUAUGUUAGACAUUUUUUUUAUAUAUAUGUAUAUAGCAGAUGACAAUAACACAGAUUUUAUGCUGCACCACUGUCACGGCUUAAUGAAUAUGUGGUGAUUUACAAGUUUCAAGUCAAAAAACCUGACAAACGUGAACAGUUUUAGUUAUCUAUUUCAGAAAGGUUACAGUGGUGCCCAGCACAUUUGUUAGAAAGUUCUUAUUUCUGUGUAUGUGCCAAUUCCAUAUGAUAUGGAUUAUUCAUUUGAAACACACUGCACCGGGAUUGAUGUGAUAAUGUUGUGUCAUAUCUGUUCAAACUUUUGCACUAAUAUAAGUGCUUGCUGCUUUUUGGAAGAUGUUACAAGUUCUUUGUAAUCAGUGUUCACAGGGUUGUGAGAAGUUUGUACAGCCCAAAAAGUUUUCAUUAAAUGGAAAAAAUACAAUAAAGUUUGGUUUUUGGAUACUUUAUGUAAAAUUUACUUAUACUUUUCCAUGUUUUUACCAUUAGACAAAACUGGUAACACAUUAUUUAGCUGCUCUAAUCGAUUUGAUACUUUUACCAAGUAAAUGUGCACUUUUUAAUUUCACAAUUUGCACUAACUAAACAUUUCUUUAAUGUUUCAAUGUUAAUUUUUAGCCAAAAAGUUUAUUUUUCUUAGUUUUAUAUAACAUUAUGGCUUCAAAGUCAGUAAUUAACCAUAAAAUCAGCAAUACUGGUGCUCUUUUACCAUUAAAGAAAAGGAUGAAUAUCCUACAUUUUUACAGUUUUUUCCCUUUGAAAAAUAAAGACAAAACAUGAAUUAAUACAGUAAUUUAGGGAAAUGUUAGCAUGGUAAAACUGUUAAAUUUACAGUAAAAUGUUUUCAAAUUUCAUGGCAUGAACCGCAUCUUAUAUAUCAAUUUUAGGACAAAAUAUCAUUUUUAUAAUGGUAAUAAUAGUAAUUUUUACAGUAAAAGGUUAAAAAAACAAUUUAUUACUGUAGAAUCAGCAACACCAAUACUCAUUUAUCGUAAUUGUAAAAAAUGUCUUACUGUAAUUUUGACGGUGAAAUUCUGGCAACCACAGCUGCCGGUUAAUUACUGUUUAAAAUACAGACAAAACCCUGUAAUUGUGCAGGAAUUCAGUGACAUAUUUUAUAAUUUAGACUGUUAAUUUUACAACAAAAUACUUUCAUAUUUAAUGGCUCUAAAUGUAUUUGUAAUAUUGUUUUAAUGGUAAUUUUAGGAUAAAACUUGAUCAAUUUCAAUGGUAAGAACUGUCAUUUUUACAGUAAAAGGUUGAAUAAAACACCAUUUAUUACUGUAGAAUCAGCAAUUGUAAAAAUUGUCUGACUGUAAUUUUAACGGUUAAAUUCUGGCAACCACAGCUGCC